AUGUCUAGCAGGAUAGAUAUUCAAUCGUUAAAUUCAACGUCACCUGUCAAAACGGUGACACAGACCCUAUCUGUACCGGCAGCAACUGAGUCGACAAAGAUUCCAGCUAAGCCAAGGACUGCAAGUUUGAGCUCAAACACCAACAUUAACACUAACAACACUAACAACAACACUAACAACAACAACAACAACACCACCUCCAAAACCUCCACCACCACCACCUCCUCCUCAGCAUCAUCAUUAUCACCGACUGGCUCCAUAUCGAGCCAGAAACGCAACCAUCAUAACGCGUCAUCUUCAUCACUGAAUGACACCUCAAAUGCACCAAAGAAGAAGCAUAGACCAUCAUCGUUGAACCUUCGUGUUGGAGUACCAGAUUCUACAUCAGAUGUUGCUCUCAGAAUCGUAAGUCCUGGUCUUCCUCCCUUAAAAAACAAAGGGAUGAAAACUACGGUGCAACUACUGCAGAAGAUUCAAAAACAACAAAAGAACCUUAUCGCUGCUAGGCACGGUUUGGAAAUCACAACAGCUGAAGUACAAGUACAAUUACAAGUACCAGAACAACAAAGCAGCAGCAACAACAGCAACAACCAAGCACAGAAACAGAAACAGGGACACCAUAAUGUAUCGCAGCUGUUGCGCAUCGAGAAUGUGCUCAACGCAGAAGAACCACCAAUAAAAUCACCCAUUUACUCCCUCGAUGACUCAGAUUUGAGUCGAUUAUCCACACUCAGGGAAAAAAGAUUGAAAAGAAAUAAUAUACCAGCACCGUUGAAUAUCGGUCGAUUAUCCAAUAGAAAUCGCGGCAAUAGCAAGGAGCACCAAAACAUACAACCUCUGAUUCAAUCUGCCCCCAUAAGACCCAUGAACCGUACCACAACCAGACUGUUUUCCAACUGCGUUGCUUACCAACAACAGCUCUAUCAGUCCCAACACCCCCAACAGCAAGUACCACUACAAUAUCAACAAUAUCAACAAUAUCAACAAUAUCAACAAUAUCAACAAUACCCACGACCAAUCCCAGCAACUGCAUACCAACCAGUUUUCACACCGUUGAACUCAAGAACUAUAUACCAAUUCAAUAAUGCACAAGUGAUGCACAAUAAUUUCAGAGCGCCAGUACCUCCACCCACAAUGAUGCAACAAAGAGUCAGAAUGGUACCCGUAACUUCAGCAACCUUAGCUCAAUUCCCAUCAGCACGUCAUGCUUCAUUACCAGUGCCCCCACUCCAAACCCACUCAUACUUGCACCCACAAUCGCUCCCUCACAACUCACAACAACCACUACAACAACCACUACAACAACAUACACAAUCUGGUUACCAACCUCAAAAUCAAAAUCAAAAUCCAACUCGAGGUCAGAGAGCUACAAGUGCAGUAACUGAUGUGUUUAGCGACAAUCUACAACGUGCUGCACCAAUUGAGUCUCAACCAUUAUCAUCACAAAGGGAACUUUGGAGACAAAAUAGGGGUGAAAGUUACGAUUACGGUGAUGAUGAUAAUAAUGAUGAUGAUGGAGGUGAUGGUGUCGAGAACAAUGGUAUUGACGCUAAUGAAGAUGACGACGAGAGUAUUACAGAGGAAGAGAUUAGAGAAAUGCAAAUGAAAUACGAGGCAUCAAAUAUGCGCAAUGCAACAUUGGAGUUUGCACCACCACCGCCACCACCACCAUCUUUAUACCACUCAUAUUUAAAUGUGUACCCGGCCUCUGCAUCUGCUCGACAACAAAAUUUUCCAAUGUCACUGAAUAUAGGAAGAUUUAGAAGAACCGGAAAUAAUAAUGGCACUAAUAGCUCUAUACACAGGGACGAAGUGUUUGGCAGUAUCAACUUUAUGAAUGAAAAUAUAUUCAAUUUCCGAAUAUUCGAAAAGAGAAGGUCUGAUGAUGAUGAAGCAACUUCCUCGCCGUCUUUACAUUCUGCGUCAUCAAAGUCUUCAGAUGGAGACGAAAGUGAAGUAGAUGAUAGCGAAAAGAUUCCAUCAACUUCAACGUCAGCUACUUCGACGUCAGCAACAGUAUUGUCCGAAGUGGCGAAGGAAGAUGAUUUGCCAACAACCGAAACUACAGAGGUAGCAGAUGGAUCGGAAGAAGUUAAAGUCAAGGAAGAUGCAAAUGGUGCUAGCACGAUUAAGCAGGAAACUGGAAACGAUACAGAAAAACAAUUAGUAGUUGUACUGGAAGCUGAUGCAAAACUGGAGCAAAAGGAUGAUACUAUAAGUACAUCUCAACCAGCAACAGCAGCAACAGCAGCAGCAGCAACAGCAGCAACAGCAGCAGCAGCAACAACAUUACCUCCAUCACCCACACCACCACCACCAUCAUCAUCAUCUUCUUCUUCUUCAUCAUCAUCAUCUUCUUCUUCUUCUUUUACAACCACUAAAAACAAUACUAAUAGCUCCAACUCCACGUCCUCUUCACAUUGGCUCACUAAGGAGAAAGAAAAAUUCCUAAAAAUUUGCGAGACUUGUUGGGAUGAGUUUGUAAAGUCUAGAAUAGAGUAA